CACCCAUCCCAGCAAGGUGCUCGACCCGUCGUCCCCGCCCUCGCUAGCCCAUGCUCUUGUGUCGGCCCACAGGACGACGCCCACCUACGCUCGUGCGCCACCCCUCACCUGUUUCUCCGGCUCGCCCAUGCUGUGUUCCCUUGAGUGUUUAUCCCUUCUUCACGAAAGCAGUUUGCUCUUUUCCUGUUUACAUGCCACGAGGUGUCACGAACGUAUCUCUAGUGUUGGCCGGGUGACAGAAAAACUCGCAGUGAUAAACUAGUGAAGGAAAUGAUUUCAGUGAAAUGAAAACAGUGACAGUAUAGUACAUCACUAAGCCAAUACACGAGUGAAAACGCAAUAUAAUUCUUGUAGUCAUCGGGAGGGAAAAAGAAACCUUUGUAUGUAACGUGAAGGAGAAGGAACCUCUGUAAAUUAACCACACGUACCGUGAAGGAGGAACCUAAGUUAAACGCACGUAACGUGAAUCAGACGAAGUAGUAGUGUCCAGACGUACUAGGAACGAUUUGAUAGCAUCGUGUAAACUUGUGGCAGAUUCUCAGUUCAAGGAAAAGGUAACCCGGGAGAAUGUUGGUGUAGAAAGCAGAGACCAAACUUCAACUGAGUUUGUUUGGAUAUAACCAGAGUCUGAUAGGACAUCAACAGAGUCUGCUGGGACAUAAGCAGAGUCUGCUAGGAUAAAACCAAAGGUGCUCAUCCUUACAAGUCCCAGCACCCAGCGGUGCAGUCCUGGGUGCCAUACUGAGGUUUCUGGGCACAUCAGGAUUUUUUAUAAUAACCGGUUCCUCUUCCUUCAUCCUUCCUUCCCAUCCUUCUAUAUAUUUUCCAAAUUUAACACUAUCUUCCUCUGCUUUCCUUCAGUCUGUGCUCUGUGUGUUUCCUCUCCUCUCUCAGUAAGGCAGGAGAGAGAGUUGAUCUCUUACCCACAACUCACUCCUGGUUCACCCAGUCUCCAACCUCCCCCCCAUCCAUCCCGGUCCACGACCUAACCCCCAACCGACCCUAACCCUACCCACUUGUGGUCGUGGGUAAACGAAAGCCACGAUGAUGUGCGGUGCGGGUCGUGAUGGGAAGGUGCGACCUUCACGUAGUGUCAAACAUCGCCGCUCCCUCACCACCUCCCUGGGACUCGAACCCAUCAAGGAUGGUCACAUGAUGGACCCGAAGGAGCGGGUGUUCCUGGAGGCGGCGGAACGGGGGGAUAAGCACACUAUGAUGCGCUGCCUCUCCCCUCCUUCCGCCGUCAACGUCAACUGCACCGACAUCCUCGGACGCUCCGCCAUCCAGAUCGCCGUCGACAACGAGAAUGUAGAGAUCGUGGAGCUCCUGCUGCUACAAGAGAACGUCAAAAUCGGUGAUGCUCUGUUAUAUGCCAUCACUGAGGGAGUCUACAAGAUCGUGGAGAUGCUCAUCAAUCACCCCAGCAUCACUCCAGAGAUGUUGGCCAAUGACUGGGUCAAGGUCCGUGCUGACGGGGAAGAGAGCAGCGACUUCGACCCUAACAUCUCUCCCAUCAUCCUGGCUGCCCACUGUAACCAGUUUGAGAUUCUUCAGCUCUUCCUCUCCCGAGGCGCGUACAUCGACAAGCCCCACCCACUAUCAUGUUGUUGUCGGCCGUGUACUGAAGGGUUCCACGCAGACUCUCUGCGCUACUCCAUGCGUCGUAUCCACACGUACCGUGCCCUGGCCUCCCCUGCCUGGAUCUCCCUCACCUCGGAGGAUCCCAUCCUCGCUGCUUUCAGGUUGUCAUGGGAACUGGAACGACUGGCGAGAGUUGAGAACGAGUUCAAGGACACUUACCUGGAGCUGAGUGAUCAGUGUAAGAAGUACACCUGUGAAUUGUUGCACCAGUGUCGCUCCACCCAGGAGGUGAUCGCAGUUCUCAACCGGCGAAGUGAGGAAGACUCAGACGAUGACGAUGACGAGGAUGACCCUCAACAGUUGAAGCUUUCAAGGCUUAAGCUGGCGCUCAAGUACGACCAAAAGCAGUUCGUGGCACAUCCGAACUGCCAGCAGUUGUUAACGUCUGUGUGGCACGAGGGACUGCCCAUCUGGAGACGCAGGAAUGCCCUAGUCAAGAUUUUGCUCUGUCUCUCCAUUAUCCUGUGUAUGCCCAUCAUCGCCAUUAUUUACCUCAUCUUCCCCAGGACCAGCCUGGGCAGGGUCAUACGCUCCCCCUUCAUGAAGUUCAUCUACCACAGUGCCUCCUUCGGACUGUUCCUAGUGUUGUUGGUGUUGGCCUCUACCCGGACAGAGGGCAGUGAAAGACACCGGAGGAACCUCCGGGGACCUGCGCCAACUUUUGUGGAGUGGUUAAUCUUCUUCUGGGUUACUGGCAUGGUAUGGGCGGAGUGCAAGCAGUUGUGGGAGGAGGGACUGACAGCUUAUAUACGCCAGUGGUGGAACUGGCUGGACUUCAUCAUGCUCUCCCUCUACCUCUGUACCUUCAGCUUGCGGGCCGUGGCCUUCGUUCAGAUCACAACAAACAAAUAUGGACCCAGAGAGGUUCCACGUGCUCAGUGGCCAGCCAAUGACCCAACGCUCAUCGCUGAAGGCGUGUUUGCUGUAGCCAAUGUCUUCUCCUUUGCCAGGAUCAUCUACCUGUUCCAGACUAACCCUCACCUUGGCCCCCUACAAAUUUCUCUCGGCUGCAUGAUCAUAGACAUUGCCAAGUUUUUGUUCAUCUUCUUCCUGGUGCUGACAAGCUUCGCCUGUGGCCUUAACCAGCUCUACUGGUACUAUGAUCCUCCUAGCUCCUCGUGCAGCAACGCUGCGUCUGGGGACACCUCCUGUCACACUGGCUCUGACGCCUUCAACACGUUGGACGUGACAUUUGCAACGCUGUUUUGGUCCCUGUUUGGUAUCAGUUCCCCCAAGAGCACGGACCUUGAGGAAGAGCAUGGGUUCAUUGAGACUGUGGGCCAGGGCCUCUUCAUGGCCUACCACGUCAUGUCCAUCAUUGUUCUCAUUAAUAUGCUCAUAGCUAUGAUGUCCAACAGUUUCCAACAGAUAGAGGACCAUGCUGACCAAGAGUGGAAAUUUGCUCGUUCUAAGCUAUGGAUGAGCUACUUCGACCCGGGUUCCACCUUACCAGCACCUUUCAACCUCAUCAUUAGCCCCAAGGCUAUUUUCUACUGUAUGAGGAACGUCAAGAACUGCCUUCAGUACAUCUGCUACCGUAGAGGUCGAAGACGCUCUGACAAGAGAAGGAGUUUCACUAUGGAGAAAGGCACUUUACAGGGAGGGGCACCACCUGGCCGCAUGAGUCAGUCCAACAGGUACGCAGAGGUGAUGCGUCGUUUGGUCUCACGUUUCAUCCACCAGACCAAGAAACAGCACCGUCAAGAUGGAGUGAAUGAGGACGAUCUUCUCGAGAUCAAGCAGGACAUCUCCAGCCUCAGGUAUGAACUGCGAGAAGACAGAAAACGGGAGACUGCAAGAGCAUAUGGCCAGAUGGACUCAAUCAAGAAAGACAUCCUGAGACUGCUGAAGCAAAGUGGUCGCAUGGCCGCCAGGGCCCAGGGCAAUGGUCGUGAGUCUGAAGGUGCUGUGGGUGGUGCAUCACAAGCCAACCCAGUCACACUCACCACAACUCCUGCCCCAUGUCCUGCCUGCGCCCAUUCCCAAGGCGUGGGUCUAACUAGUCCGAGUCACCCAAUUCUGGGCACGCCUGGCAUUGUACAGCAACACUCUGUGGACCUGGGAAUGCUGGGGCGGGACCCAACCUCAGGCACUGUUGACAUCACCGUCACUCCAGCCUCCUCACUACCGUGUAACCUCACAUACUCACAAGGUAACUUGACAGGGUGCCUACUGGCGCCACAGGAGAUGGACUACCUACGGAAGGAGAUCGUCAGUAGCCUGCGUAGUGAACUUCGGGAGAUGCUGCGAGAUGCUCUCUCACGGGCCCUCACACCGACUACCAACAUGACCCCGCAAUACUACUCGCCCACUCCCACCCCGAACCCCACACCUCAGUAUGCUACCUCUCCUACUGCCCAGUUCCCUCCUCCCACAGCGUCACAGCAGAAACCAUGCAGCCAGUGUCCCAGGGUACAAGGACCUCAGUAUGCCCCAACCUCCCCCACUUCCCAACCUCCUCAACAUCCUCACCUCAAAGUAUCAACCUCUUUAAGUGACCCUGUUUCUCAGAGGUCAAGUCCAGGUUCUCUGUCCUCCCCGAGGUCAAGCCCUGUCCCUCAGACCUCGCCCAGAUCAAGUCCAAUAUCCCCAACAUGUCAGAGGUCAAACUCCAGCAGCGGCUUUACUCAGAAAUCCCAAGGAAGUACCCAGUCUGGAGGCUCGUCAACACCAGCUGCUAAUCAGGUUCUUCUACGCCCACCCAACGAGUCUGACCGCGUACACACACACAUGUACACACAGCUGUGAGAGCUUCUGCAUGCUGGUAAUGGUGCACACAUUUUCUUGUUUCAGGUGCUCUUACACUUUCAGCACAUGUGGCACUAGCACUUAAGGAGUCUCAGAUAACCAAUCAAAAACCUGGUGAUUUUUACAAGUACAAUUUGAUUGGAUACAAGUUCCUUAGGUUGGCUUAAAGUGUCAUUUCAGGAUGCAAGCUGUACUAGACGAAACUGGGUUGGUCCCCUUGGUCUAGUUUAAAGCCAGCUGGUAGGUGAAUAGACGUUGACUUUGGUGUGAGUGCCAGAAGAUAUUUUGAGAUCAUAAGAACAGAGUAAACUAGGUAAUUCAGGAAUCAUGUGGCAUUGUUGAAUCAAACCGAUACUUGCAGCUGAAGAUGAAUAGAAGGUGAUCUAAUAAUAGCUUCUGGCUUUGUCACACCCGCUGUCGUGCUAAAAGGUAUCAGAUUUUGGAAGUUCAUAUUGAGUGAUAUACAUAUGUUUUGGCUGUUGCCAAAAAUUUUCUCCCUAAUUCCUUUGCCAACUGGAGGUUUAUGAUACAAUGUUUGCAACACAUUGUAACACAAGUGUUGCUUUUGAUAUAUUCAAGAGAAAGACGAACAAGUUUGUGCUUUAGUCUUUAUAUCAGAGUAGACCCCAGCUGGAAGCACAGCUUUCAUAGUUUAAUAGUUUUUUUUUUAAUUAUUACCCUGGUGGAUAACCCAUCAAAACAAUUUGGAGAACUUUCCCUGAGACCGAAGUUAGUUCACUGGCACAACACCAACCAUGUCGUGUUUUAUAUGCUGGUGACAGCUUCUGGAAGUGGCGUGAAGUGUUGUCGGAGGGAUAACUGGUAGUUUGGUUGUGGCACAAGAGCAUGAGCGCAUUUCAUGUUGAUUGGCAUUGUUGGGAACUUGGAGAGGGCGCCUGUUAGCAGAGCUAUUGUUACUGAUGGCUAGGCAGCAAUUAUUGUGCAUGCAUCCCAAAGUUUCGAAGCAUUUAAUUUUAUUUAUUAGUGUAUUUUCAAAGUGUGUUUUUUUCCAGAGUGAUUUACAAAAG